AGUUCUUCCCAAUCUCUAACAAAUAGUUUAUUCUCAUCAUUAACCAGUAGUUCCUGCUCAUCUGUAACCAUCAUAUCUUCCUCGUCAGUGACAAGCAGUUCUUCCUCAUCAGUAACUAGUAUUUCUUCCUCAUCAGUAUGCAGCAUUUCCUCCCCAUCAAAAUCCAGAAGUUCCUCCAAGUCUCUAAAGAGCAGUUCUUCCCUAUCAGUAUCCAGUAUUUCUUCAUCACUAACUAGUAGUUCUUCACCAUCUCUAACAAGCAGUUCUUCCUCAUCAGUAACCAGCAGUUCUUCCUUAUCAAAAACCAGCGGUUCUUCCUUAUCAAAAACCAGCAGUUCUUCGUCAGCAGUAACCAGUAAUUCUUCUUCAUCACUCACCAGUAGUUCUUCGGCUUCUCUUACUAGUAGUUCUCCCUCAUCAGUAACCAGCAGUUCAUCGUUAACAGAAACCAGGAGUUCUUUCUCAUCAUUAAACCAUAACUCUUCCCCAUCUCUAACCAGUAGUUCAUCAUCAUUAACCAUAAGUUCUUCCUCAUCAUUAACCAGUAGUUCCCCCUUACCAGUAACCAGCAGUUCUUCCUCAUCAUUAACCAGUAGUUCCCCCUCAUCAUUAACCAGUAGUUCUUCCUCAUCAGCAACCAGCAGUUCUUCCUCAACAUUAACCAGUAAUACUUCCUCAUCACUAAUCAGUAGUUCUUCCUCCACACUUACCAGUAGAUCUUCCUCAUCAGUAGCCAGUAGUUCUUCCUCAUCAGUAACCAGUAGUUCUUCCUCAAUACCUAGCAGUAGUUCUUACUCAUCACUAACUAGUAGUUCUUCCCCAUCUCUAACAAUCAGUUCGUCCUCUUCAGUAACCAGCAAUUCUUCCUCAUCAGCAAGCAGUGGUUCUUCCUUAUUAGAAACCAGCAGCCCUUCCUCAUCAUUAAGCAAUAACUCUUCCUCAUCAGUAAUCAGUAGUUAUUAUUCAUCAGUAACCAGAAGUUCGUCCUCAUCAGUGACAAGCCGUUCUUCAUCAUCAGUAACCGGUAAUUCUUCCUCAUCACUAACCGGUAGUUCUUCCUCAUCUGUAACGAACUUUUCUUCUUCAUCAGUAACCAGUAAUUCUUCCUUAUCGCUAGCCAGUAGUUAUUCCUCAUCAUUAACCAGUAGUUCUUCCUCAUCAUUAACCAGUACUUCUUCACCACUAACCAGUAGUUCUUCCUCAUCAGUAACCAGUAGUUCUUCCCUAAUAGUAACCAGUAGUUCUUACUCAUCACUAACCAGUAGUUCUUCACCAUCUCUAACAAGCAGUUCUUCCUCAUCAGUAACCAGCAACUCUUCCUCAUCAGGAACCUGCAGUUCUUCCUUAUCAGAAACCAGCAGUUCUUCCUCAUCAUUAACCAGUAACUCUUCCUCAUUAUUAAUCGGAAGUUCUUCCUCAUCGGUAACCAAAAGUUCUUCUUCAUCACUAACCAAAAAUUCCUCCUCGUCACUAACCAGUAGUUCUUACUCAUCGCUUACAAGUAGUUCUUCCCAAUAUCUAGCCAGUAGUUCUUCCCCAUCUCUAACAAGUAGUUCAUUCUCAUCAUUAACCAGUAGUUCCUGCUCAUCUGUAACCAUGAUAUCUUCCUCGUCAGUGACAAGCAGUUCUUCCUCAUCAGUAACUAGUAUUUCUUCCUCAUCAGUAUGCAGCAUUUCCUCCCCAUCACAAUCCAGAAGUUCCUCCAAGUCUCUAAAGAGCAGUUCUUCCCUAUCAAUAUCCAGUAUAUCUUCAUCACUAGCUAGUAGUUCUUCCUCAUCAGUAACCAGCAGAUCUUCCUUAUCAAAAACCAGCAGUUCUUCCUUAUCAGAAACCAGCAGUUCUUCGUCAGCAGUAACCAGUAAUUCUUCUUCAUCACUCACCAGUAGUUCUUCCCCAUUCCUAACUACUAGAUCUCCCUCAUCAGUAACAAGCAGUUCUGCGUUAGUAGUAACCAGGAGUUCUUCCUCAUCAUUAAACAAUAACUCUUCCCCAUUUCUAACCAGUAGUUCAUCUUCAUCAUUAACCAGCAGUUCUUCCUCAUCAUUAACCAGCAGUUCCCCCUCUCCAGUAACCGACAGUUCUUCCUCAUCAUUAACCAAUAGUUCCGCCUCAUCAUUAAACAGUAGUUCUUCGUCAUCAGUAACCAGGAGUUCUUCAUCAACAGUAACCAGCAAUUCUUCCUCAUCACUAAUCAGUAGUUCUUCCUCAUCAAUAGCCAGUAAAUCUUCCUCAUCAGUAACCAGUAGUUAUUCCACAUCACGAACCAGUAGUUCUUUCAAAUCUCUAACCAGUAGUUCUUCCCCAUCAUUAACCAGUAGGUCUUCCUCAACACUAACCAGAAGAUCUUCCUCAUCAGUAACCAGUAAUUCUUCCACAUCACGAACCAGUAAUUCUUUCAAAUCUCUAACCAGUAGUUCUUCCCCAUCACUAACCAGAAGUUCUUCUUCAGCAUUACCCAGCAGUUCUUCCUCAUCAUUAAUCAGUAGUUCCUCCUCAUCGAAGUUCGUUCUCAUCAGUGACAAGCCGUUCUUCCUCAUCAGUAACCGGUAA